UCCCCACAUUUCACCAGGGAACGAGGUGAUUGCAGUGGACUGGAAGGGCCUCAAGGAUGUGGAUCAGAUCAACAUGGACAGCACCAGCUCACUGCACGGGAGCAGCCUCCACAGGCCCUCUACAGAGCAAACACGAACUGAUUUCUCCUGGGAUGGCAUCAAUCUCUCCAUGGAAGACACCACUUCCAUCCUUCCAAAACUCAAGAGAAACUCUAACGCCUACGGCAUUGGGGCCCUGGCCAAGUCAUCCUUCUCAGGGAUCUCAAGAAGCAUGAAGGACCAUGUGACAAAGCCGACAGCCAUGGGGCAAGGACGAGUGGCCCACAUGAUUGAGUGGCAGGGCUGGGGGAAGACUCCAACCAUUCAGCCACAACACAGCCACGAGGCAGUGCGCAGGGACACAGAUGCUUACUCUGACCUCAGCGACGGCGAGAAGGAGGCGCGUUUCCUAGCAGGUGUCAUGGAACAGUUUGCUAUUUCUGAGGCCACUCUUAUGGCCUGGUCUUCCAUGGAUGGUGAGGACAUGAGUGUCAACUCCGCCCAGGAGCCGCUGGGCUGCAACUACAGUGACAACUACCAGGAGCUGAUGGAGAGCCAGGAUGCCCUAGCCCAAGCCCCCAUGGAUGGCUGGCCCCACUCCUACGUGUCCCAGGGCAUGUACUGUCUGGGGUCUUCUGAUGCUUGGGAAGCAAGUGACCAGUCCCUCAUUGCCUCUCCGGCCACAGGAUCCUAUCUGGGCCCUGCAUUUGACGACUCCCAGCCCAGCCUGCAUGACAUAGGGCCUUCCCAGCCUGCUUCAGGGUACUCUGCUCAGGAGCCCCCAGCUUUGCUGGGAGGGGACAGUGACUGGGCACCAGGGGGCAGUGGGGUGGACCUGGCCAGAGGCCCUGCUGAGGACGAGAAGAGGCCGCUAGCCCCUGAGGAAGAGGAGGAUGCUGGAUGCCGGGACCUGGAGUCGCUUUCCCCACGAGAAGAUCCUGAGGCAUCCACCGCACUCAGCCGGAAGGUGUCUGAUGUCACAUCUUCAGGUGUGCAGUCCUUUGAUGAGGAGGAGGGCGAGGCCAACAACUAGCUUUUCUCUCCCCACUACUGCAAGGGCAUGGCUGCAGCCCAUACCCUCCCUUGCCCCACAGCACAGCUGAGCUGGGCAGAAGACUGGGGGGAACCUGGGCACUUCCAGGCCUGGCCCGCCAAGUGGAGGACCAGCAAGGGGUUUCAUCUCUGCAUACACUGGAAACCACAGGUCCAGAACUGAGACCCAGGCCGGUGGAUGGCUGUGGACCUGGCGUGGCUGUGGGAGGAGAGCUGCCGAUGUGGGCUUUUGGGUCUGUCCCCGUGUGCGCUGUGGGGACAGCGGUGCAGAGCGGUUGACCAUGCUGGAGACUGGAUCUCAGUUCUUCACUCCCUGACUUCAUCUUCCAGGAGCCCUGGCUGUGCUGUUUGAAUGCCUCCUUUUCCCAUUUCAUUCUUGCUUUUCCUGACUCUGUUUUCUCUGGCUGUUCAGAGCAGACCUCAGGGGCUGUUGGAUGUGGCUCGAGGCAUGCGGGGAUGCGGCCUGAAGAGCCAGGCUAUGUCCAGGUGGAUGGCCAUUCUGCCCUCUGUGGGGAAGUUGGCUCCUGAUCCCAGGAGGUGGACCUGGCAGCUGGGGGCACAAGCAGAAUGCUAUGCCAAGGUCUGCCCAGAUACAAGAAGGUCACUGAUGGGACCGAGAGCAAACAAGGCCACUCAUUCUGGGCUCUUGAGGCAUCCGGAAGGUGUCUUGUGGCUACAAGGAGGAUCCUAAGGAUCAGAGAAGAGACUCGCCGGGGGCUGGCUGCUGCAGCUCUGCCUCCCCUUCCUGCCUUCGUCUGUCCCUGCUCCUGGAGCCCAGCCCUGAGGAGCGCGAGGGAACACCAGCCUCAGAGGCGCUGACUGACGCAGGAGGCAGUUUCCAUGCCGGGGAGGGGGGAGCAUGAGGGCUGGGUCUCCCCCUGACCACCCCUAAUUCUCUGGAGCUGUUUACACUUUU